AUGUUUCGAGCGCUUGAUCCAGAGGGGUCUCUGGAGGCAUUUAGCUGUCUACUUCUCAACUGUAUCCUCGUAAAUAUCUGCUUUGAUUUUGUUUUUUUAGGCACCGGGAGAGUGUUCAGCUCUGGUGCAGCAGAUUUCGGGAUAAAUGGUUCGGGGAUGCUCGUCAGUAGCCAGGUUUUUCGGGAACUGGAGUUCUUCCAUGGCAUACUUUCCCCGAGUCCCCUCGAUGUCAAACGCCGCAUCGAGGAAGAGCAGUUGCAGCAGCUUGAAACACUCAGAAAAAACAUGGAAGAGAUGGGAGUGGACCGGUCCCACUUCCCUUUGAGACCUUUUGAGGUCGCUCAGGACGCCUCAGAGAAGAUGAACUGUAGCGAAGCUACAGCGGGUUUGCAACCCCCCCGCUUUUCCAUGAAUGAUCCUUUGCAACUCCCCAAGGUGAUGUGCGGGACUUACCACUGCGGCUUGUUAACGCCUGAGGGUUCCCUCUGGCUGUGGGGACGAAACAAUUGCCUGCAGCUGAGUAGAGAUAAGGCGGUGAUGGCGUCUGGCGGGGAAUCAAACUAUCCUCUUUUGGCUGAGUUCUUCGCUCGUGCAGAUCUGCCACUCGAGAGCUGCGCAUUAGGCGCAUGCCAUUCUCUCGCUGUCGCGAGUAGGUCCCCUUACAACCAGUGCGUGAGGGCGCCUCCAUCCAAAGCACAAAACGGCAUUUAA